AUGGCGAUCUGCACUUCCAACGCACGGACGCUUGCAUCGGAAGCGUGUAUUGAAGACCUGAUGAUGCAAGCUAGGAAAAUCAAGUACGACGUCAUCGGACUGACCGAGAUGAGAGGGCAGCGCCCGCUGCACGCUGUAUUUGAAACUGGAGAAGAACUGUUCCUUGGAACGUGCGACAGUAGAGGCGUCGGCGGUGUAGGUGUCCUUGUAAACACGCACUUGGCCAUGAACAUCGAUUCGUAG